AUGCCUCGUCUCCUUUCUCAAUCUACUUUGGCUGCAUCGCUUCGAUCCACCUCCACUCGAUCCAUCUCCACCUCUGCUCUGCCCCGAGCUACCGCUGUUGCUGCUCGAUCCGUCGGACAGCUCUCCAACAAGUCCCUUCUUUCCAACCUUCCCCGAAGCGCCGCCCCUUUCGCCACUUCUGCUCGCAUCAUGAGUGGUCACGCCGGUGUUGGAAAGGGUGAGGACAACGCCCGUCCUCCUCCCGACCAGGUCCUCCAGGACAUUGCCGACUACGUCCACAACUACAAGAUCGACUCCAAGGUCGCUUACGAAACUGCUCGUCUCUGCUUGCUUGACUCGUUGGGAUGCGCCAUGGAGGCUCUCCGCUUCCCUUCCGCUGCUAAAGUCUGCGGUCCCGUUGUCCCCGGCACUGUUGUCCCCAACGGUGCCCGCGUCAUUGGUACCAAUUACGAGCUUGAUCCCAUCCGUGCCGCUUUCAACAACGGUGCUUUGAUCCGAUGGCUCGACUUCAACGACACCUGGCUCGCCGCCGAGUGGGGUCACCCUUCCGACAACAUUGGCUCUAUCCUCUCCGUUGCCGACUGGAUCAGCCGUACCAACAUCGCUAACGGCAAGAAGCCUUUGACUGUCCAGGACGUUCUCACUGCUGCCAUCCAGGCUCACGAGAUCCAGGGAUGCCUCGCCCUCGAGAACUCGUUUAACCGUGUCGGUCUCGACCACGUCGUCCUUGUCAAGGUCGCCUCAGCUGCCGUCGUCUCCAAGUUGAUCGGCAACACCCGUGACCAGACCGUUGACGUAGUCUCGCAGGCUUUCGUUGACGGCCAGUCGCUCCGUACCUACCGUCACGCUCCCAACGCUGGUUCGCGUAAGUCGUGGGCUGCCGGUGACGCUUGCUCGCGUGCCGUCAACCUCGCUCUCCUCGUCCAGAAGGGCGAGCAGGGUUACAACUCGGUCCUCACCGCCAAGACCUGGGGCUUCUACGACGUCCUCUUCAAGGGCAAGGAGUUCAAGUUCCAGCGCCCUUACGGCUCGUACGUCAUGGAGAACGUCCUCUUCAAGCUGGUCCCCGCCGAGUUCCACUCGCAGACCGCCAUUGAGGGCGCUAUCACCCUCCACGGCAGGAUGCAGAAGAACGGCAAGACCUCGGACGACAUCAAGAGCGUCAGAAUCAAAACCCAGGAGGCUGCUGUUCGUAUCAUCUCCAAGUCCGGCAAGCUCAACAACUACGCCGAUCGUGACCACUCGCUCCAGUACAUCACUGCCAUGGGUCUCAUCAACGGCAAGCUCGACCCCGAGGACUACUCGGACGAGGUGGCCAAGAACCCCAAGAUCGACGAGCUCCGUGCCAAGAUGACGGUUGAGGAGGAGCCCCGCUACACCACCGACUACCUUGACCCUGAGCUUCGAUCCAUCGGUAACACCGUCAACGUCACCUUCAACGACGGUACCAGUGACUCGGUUGCCCUCGACUACCCCGUCGGCCACGCCCGUCGUCGUGACGAGGCCAAGCCUUUGAUCAAGUCCAAGCUGCAGAAGCACCUCAAGGGCUUCUUCCCCGAGGCUCGUCAGUCUGAGAUCGUCGCUCUCCUCGAGGACCACGAGAAGCUCACCAAGCUCCCCGCUAACGAGUUCGUUGACCUCUGGGUCCGCGACCAGUAA